AUGCCCAUGAAGAUGGACCAAGAUGCCGGACUCAGGGUCACGAGAAGGGCCUUCCACCUGCAGGCUGGGGCCGGGAUCUCAGCCUACACCUGUCUGCUCUGCCUGCACCUGGCCGCCCUCCUCGGGGCACAAGCCCAGGCUCAUCGACCUCCCCAUGGCCCACCUGGCUCUGACACACACCGUCCUGCUCCUCACUGUGGCCCUUUGGUAUCCACAGACAUCUGGGAAGUGCAGGACAUUCCAGGUGACGUCAAAUGCAAAGUGCUGGUCUUCCUGCACAAGGUCAGGAGGGGACUGUCCCUCGGCACCACCUGUGUCCCGAGUGUGCGCCAGGCCCUCACCCUCAGCCCCAGUGGCUCCUCGCUGGCCAACUUCAAAGUCAAAUCUGCAAACCCCAUCCUGGGGGCAUGUCUGUUCCUGUGGGUCCUCACCAUGGCCAUUACCAGCGACCAGCUGCUCUGCACGGUGGCCACCCCCAAUGCCACGCAGCCUGGUCUUCUCUUUGUCAACAGCCUCUGCUCCUUCCUGCCAAGGUACAGGGGCAUUUUUCUGCUCCUGGUAACGCUCAGAGACAUCUUCGGCCUCAUGGCCGUGUCCAGUGGGUACAUGGCCACUCUCCUGCACAGACAUCAGCAGCGCUGCCUGUCCCUCCACGGCUCUGGGCUGUCCCCCCAGACCUCCCCCAAGCACAGGGCCACUCACAGUGUCCUGCAGCUGCUUGGCUGCUUCACUGCCCUGGACUGUGAGACUCUGCGCUCUCCCUGCUCAUCAGCGGGAUGA